GUGCCCCUGGUUGACAAAAGCCAUCUCCCCAGCCAUUCCAGUGUACAAUGGGCUCGUGUUCUUGUUUGUACUGGCAAACUUCAGCAUGGCAACUUUCAUGGACCCUGGAGUUUUCCCACGAGCAGAUGAAGAUGAAGAUAAAGACGAUGACUUCCGAGCUCCACUCUACAAGAAUGUGGAGAUUAAAGGAAUCCAAGUACGGAUGAAAUGGUGUGCCACCUGCCACUUCUACCGUCCUCCACGCUGCUCUCACUGCAGCGUCUGUGACAACUGUGUUGAGGAUUUUGACCAUCACUGCCCAUGGGUCAACAAUUGCAUAGGACGGAGGAACUACCGCUAUUUUUUUCUCUUCUUGCUGUCCUUAAGUACGCACAUGGUUGGAGUAUUCACCUUUGGGCUCAUCUUCGUAUUAAACCAUAUGGAAAAGCUGGGAGCAGCUCAUACCACCAUUACAAUGGCUGUCAUGUGUGUGGCUGGGUUAUUCUUUAUUCCAGUCAUUGGUCUCACUGGCUUCCAUAUUGUUCUAGUGGCCCGAGGGCGCACAACGAAUGAACAGGUGACAGGUAAAUUCCGUGGGGGAGUGAAUCCUUUUACGCGAGGAUGCUGUGGAAAUGUGGAACAUGUGCUCUGCAGCCCCUUGGCUCCCAGUCACCAUCUUUUACUGCAGGGAAGCUGUUUCAUGUUAACUAGGUACAUAGUUGAGCCCAAGAAGAAGCAAGCUGUGAGUGUGAAGCCUCCUUUCUUCAGACCUGAUUUAUCUGAGCGACAGAUCACAGUGAAGAUCAGUGACAAUGGAAUCCAAGCCAACCUCAACCGGAGCAAGUCUAAAAUUAGCCUGGAGGGUCUGGAGGAUAAAAGUAUGGAUGUGCAACCACCUCUCCCACCCAAAGGAGAUCCAAGCAAGUACUCUGAGCUGAAAGGGCAGCUGGGAACCAAUGAAGAAGGUGGCCUUUCACCCAAACUGAUCAGCCCUCCUACACCUGCCAUGUACAAAUAUCGACCAGCUUUCAGCAACAAUCCCAAAGUCCACUACCAUGCUACGGCUGAGCAGAUCACCAUGCAGGAGGGACACAGUCAAGGGGCUCUGAUAGAAGAGGAUGGCAGGAGCCUUGAUUACCAGUCCGAACCCAGCUUGGACAUCCCCAGCUACCGGAAGAGCUCCCUCCACAAGACCUAUCAGUCUUCCCCACUCCAGAUAGAUUCUUUUGCCAUCAAUUCACGAUCUCUAAGCUUGAAAUCUGCUGGCAGGAGAGGGACAGACAAAGUGCCCCUUCAUCCAAUAAAGUCUGAAGGGGCGGCUUCCACCCCUUACAAAAGCAUCUUUUCUCCCAAUUCCCUGUCAAACAGAAAUGGGAGUCUUUCAUAUGACAGUUUGCUAAACCCCAUGUCACCCUCGGGGAGGAAGUGCAUCGCCCAUUCUGCAGUCAGCUCCGUUGGGUACCACUCCCCAUAUUUAUCAGCCAAAAUGUGCCAUCUACGGGGCAGCGAGCUGCAACGCCAACCACCACAGAGCUUCAGCCCAGUGCUGGGGGGUCCAGCUCCACAUCAGCGAGACCCUUCCCCAGUCCGCUACGAUAACCUUUCCAAAACCAUUAUGGCAUCCAUCCAGGAGAGAAAAGAGAUGGAAGAGAGGGAGAAGCUCCUCCACUCACACCCUGAUUCAGUGUUUGCAGACUCGGGUGUCUAUGACACCCCUAGCUCUUACAGCCUUCAGCAAGUCAGCACGCUCUCUGAAGACCCACGCAGCAUGGCAAUGAGAUAUGGAUCUAGAGACAAUCUGAUGGCUGCUACCAGUUUUAGCACAAGGAACCCUAUAUUGCAGUCCUCAGUGUCUUCACUCUCAAGUGCAAUGACAAGAGCACCAAGGACUUCCACAACCUCUCUGCAAGCUGAUUUAGCCAAUAAUAAUGUCCAGUCCCAUCAAGCACUACAGGGCAGGGUGAGCAAUGGCUCCUACAAAUCCCCAGGCCACCAGGUCCCGUCGUCCCCCACAGGGAUGCCUAGGUCACCCUCUUAUGGAGGCCCGAAGGCUGUCUCGUUUGUAAACACUGUGGAAAUUACAGAGGUGCAAUCAGUGGGAGCACAAAGGGAUGACAUGCAGUUGAAGACACCUCACAGUAAAAUAAAUGGACAGCCAAAAGGAAUAUCCAGGUUGGGUUCAACAUCAAGUUCCCAGGGGACGCCUGUCAGCCCUGCUAGACACUCAAACGUUAAGAAGGUGUCUGGAGUUGGUGGAACAACCUAUGAAAUUUCAGUGUAAAAUAAAAUUAAUUAAAAAUAAAGAGCCAUCCACUCAGCCAGCCAUGAAGCUAGGAGCACUGUGAAGACUCAAAUAACAACAAAGAAGGAGCAGCAGCAGCCGGCCACUCUCCUUUUCUUGUUUUGGGUUUAUUCUGUUUUCAUCUUUCUCUUUUGGCCAAAAACCAGCUUGCAGCCUUAUUCUUGAGGGAAUAAAAUUGUACAGUCUAUCAGACUUUUCUUGAACUGACAGGCGGGGAACUGGCUAUGACCUAACACCACAACCACAGAGCAGAUUUCUUUCAUGCAAGAGAGUGCUAAAGCCAUUGUGCGCGUGUCUGUCCAACAAACCUGUUGUGUACCAGUCGUGCUGUGCAAAAGUAUGGUCAGUCCAGGAUCAUUCAGUUUUUGCCAUGCCCUUUCCCAGUUCUUCUGACCAGCGAUGUGUCCGGCAGGAGUCAGAGGCCCAGCUGCUGUUUCAUACGACAUGGAAAGCAGGCUUCCUGAGCGGGGCAGUCUGCGUGUGCAAGAACUGCUCUGUGUCCCCGAGGCGUUGCAGGUCAGGUUGCUCCUCCUGGGAAGGAGCAAGGCAAGGGCACUUGGGCCAUGAACGCCAUGUCAUCUGUAAAAGCCUCCCUGCUCCCUGGUCCUGGAUGGAAGCAGGAGAAAGGAUAGCAACAGCUUCUCACUGUCUGCCGUUCGCCUCCGUGUGUGUGAAAUUGUGUGUGUGUGCGUGUGCGCGCGUGUUCAUCUCUCGUGGAAAAAGGACCACAACACCAGUAAGGAUCUUCCACUCUGACCUCUUGCUCCCUCUGGUUUUUAAAGGCUUCUCUGACUCAGAAGCAAAACCA